GUUCUGUCCUCAAUAGGACGGUGUCGUGUCUUCUGCAACAAUGAUUUCACUGUGAGGAUAGAAGGACACCGUGGAAGUUGUGACAUUAACAAAGACAAAUUUGCCUGUGAGAGGACAGCUGUGUGCGGCAGUGAGUGCUGCUCGGAUGGAAUUGGAUCCUGGGAUAUUUUUAUCAGCCGCUCCACAGUUCCAUUUCGGUGGUUUCAAUGCCUAGGGAAAUCUUAUUUUAAUGAGAACAACUUUUUUGUGAGCAUUGUCUUGAGCAUCUCAGGGUGUUUAAAUCUGAAAGAUGAAGUGUAAGGGGGGAUUGCAGUGUCCUGUUUUAAAUGCUAAUGCACCAGCGGUAGUGCUCUCAACUUUGUGAGUGCAUGUGAAACAGGUGAAAGCGUUUCCUCAUACGGCCCCUGUUGUGGUACCUGUGGUCUGGUUCCAAAAAUACCAUUGCUGGCAUUUUUCUGUUUGCUUUUGCUUCCUCAAACGGAUCGAAUGAGUCGAGUCUGUAUUGUUGUUUUGGAGGAGGAGGAAGAUGAUUCUCCCACAUUCAUUGCCAAAUUACCUCAGGAAAAUAUAUCUUUGCGUCCAUCACCCCCUGCAAAUGUGCUGCCACCACUGGUUCAAGCUAUAUUUAAUGGAGAUCCCGAUGAAGUUCGAGCACUGAUUUUUAAGAAAGAAGAUGUUAAUUUUCAGGAUAAUGAGAAAAGGACCCCUUUACAUGCUGCUGCCUAUCUGGGAGAUGCAGAAAUUAUUGAACUACUUAUUUUAUCUGGAGCUAGAGUUAAUGCCAAAGACAGCAAAUGGUUGACUCCUUUACACAGAGCUGUGGCAUCUUGUAGUGAGGAUGCUGUUCAGGUGUUAUUAAAGCAUUCAGCAGAUGUCAAUGCUCGUGAUAAAAACUGGCAGACACCUUUACAUAUAGCAGCUGCUAACAAAGCUGUGAAAUGUGCUGAAGCUUUGGUGCCUCUCCUAAGCAAUGUAAAUCUGUCUGAUCGAGCAGGUAGAACAGCAUUGCAUCAUGCAGCCUUCAGUGGACAUGUUGAGAUGGUCAGCUUACUGUUAUCUAGAGGGGCCAAUAUUAAUGCAUUUGACAAGAAAGACAGACGAGCCAUCCAUUGGGCAGCAUAUAUGGGUCAUAUUGAAGUUGUGAAAUUACUUGUGGCACAUGGAGCUGAAGUGACAUGCAAAGACAAGAAAUCAUAUACACCCUUACAUGCUGCAGCAUCUAGUGGGAUGAUAAGUGUAGUCAAAUACCUUCUAGAUCUUGGAGUUGAUAUGAACGAACCAAAUGCCUAUGGAAAUACACCUCUCCAUGUAGCUUGCUACAAUGGGCAAGAUGUUGUAGUGAAUGAGCUCAUAGACUGUGGUGCUAAUGUAAAUCAAAUGAAUGAGAAGGGUUUUACACCUCUGCACUUUGCUGCUGCGUCAACACAUGGAGCGUUGUGUUUAGAGCUUUUGGUCUGUAAUGGAGCAGAUGUAAAUAUGAAGAGUAAAGAUGGGAAAACACCUUUGCACAUGACAGCAAUCCAUGGUAGAUUUUCAAGAUCCCAAACCAUCAUUCAGAAUGGAGCUGAAAUAGACUGUGAAGAUAAGAAUGGAAAUACUCCUUUGCACAUAGCAGCUAGAUAUGGCCAUGAGCUAUUAAUCAACACUCUGAUUACGAGUGGUGCUGACACUGCAAAGCGGGGUAUACAUGGAAUGUUUCCUCUCCAUUUGGCAGCAUUAAGUGGAUUUUCAGACUGCUGCAGAAAGCUUCUCUCAUCAGGUUUUGACAUUGACACACCAGAUGACUUUGGCAGGACUUGCCUUCAUGCAGCUGCAGCUGGAGGGAAUUUGGAGUGCCUAAAUCUUCUACUAAAUACUGGUGCAGACUUCAACAAAAAGGACAGAUUUGGGAGAACUCCACUCCAUUAUGCUGCUGCCAAUUGUAAUUAUCAGUGCCUGUUUGCCCUUGUGGGAUCUGGAGCUAGUGUGAAUGACCUUGAUGAGAGGGGUUGUACACCUCUGCACUAUGCAGCUGCAUCAGACACAGAUGGAAAGUGCCUGGAAUACUUGCUAAGAAAUGAUGCCAAUCCAGGGAUCCGAGACAAACAAGGAUACAAUGCAGUACAUUAUUCAGCUGCUUAUGGUCAUCGCUUAUGUCUUGAAUUGAUUGCAAGCGAAACACCUCUAGAUGUUCUAAUGGAAACAUCAGGUGCUGAUAUGCUGAAUGAUUCAGACAACAGAGCACCUAUAAGUCCACUGCAUUUAGCUGCCUAUCACGGCCACCAUCAAGCUCUGGAAGUGCUGGUACAGUCACUGCUGGACCUUGACGUGAGGAAUAAUAAUGGAAGGACACCACUGGAUCUUGCUGCCUUUAAGGGACAUGUGGAAUGUGUAGAUGUGCUCAUUAACCAGGGAGCAUCAAUCUUGGUGAAAGAUUAUGUUGUAAAGAGGACCCCAAUACAUGCUGCAGCAACCAAUGGUCAUUCAGAAUGUUUGCGGCUACUGAUAGGAAAUGCAGAACCACAGAAUGCAGUGGAUAUUCAAGAUGGAAAUGGACAGACUCCUCUGAUGUUGUCAGUUCUCAAUGGGCACACUGACUGCGUUUAUUCACUCCUUAACAAAGGAGCAAAUGUAGAUGCCAAAGACAAGUGGGGAAGGACAGCAUUACAUAGAGGGGCAGUUACUGGGCACGAGGAGUGUGUGGAAGCAUUGCUUCAACAUGGUGCUAAGUCCUUAUUGCGAGACUGUAGGGGACGAACUCCUAUACAUUUGUCAGCUGCAUGUGGACAUAUAGGUGUUCUAGGAGCUCUCCUGCAGUCAGCUGCAUCUGCCGAUGCAGUACCUGCAAUAGCAGACAAUCACGGCUAUACAUCACUGCAUUGGGCCUGCUAUAAUGGUCAUGACAGUUGCGUAGAACUCCUCCUGGAACAGGAAAUUUUCCAGAAAAUGGAAGGAAAUUCUUUCAGUCCAUUGCAUUGUGCUGUGAUAAAUGACAAUGAAGGUGCUGCAGAAAUGUUAAUUGAUACACUAGGUGCUGGUAUUGUAAAUUCAACAGAUUCAAAAGGAAGAACUCCUCUUCAUGCAGCAGCUUUUACAGAUCAUGUUGAGUGUCUACAGCUUCUGCUCAGCCACAAUGCUCAAGUAAAUGCUGUAGAUUCUUCUGGGAAAACACCUUUAAUGAUGGCUGCAGAAAAUGGACAGACGAAUACAGUUGAGGUGCUGGUUAGCAGUGCUAAGGCUGAUCUGACUUUGCAAGACAGUUCUAAGAACACAGCACUCCAUUUGGCUUGCAGCAAGGGCCAUGAAACUAGUGCCUUGUUAAUACUGGAGAAGAUUACGGAUAGAAACCUCAUCAAUGCCACCAAUGCAGCCUUGCAAACACCUCUGCAUGUUGCUGCUCGGAAUGGACUAACGGUUGUAGUUCAAGAGCUUUUAGGGAAGGGAGCAAGUGUACUUGCUGUAGAUGAAAAUGGUUACACACCAGCUUUGGCCUGUGCACCCAAUAAGGAUGUGGCUGACUGCCUUGCACUCAUUCUGGCCACGAUGAUGCCUGUUUCAUCGAGCAGCACAUUACCUUCCCUUACGUUCAAUGCCAUUAAUCAUUACACCAACGCCUCAAAAACUGUCACCUUCGAUUCCUUGCCCAUCAUGAGGAGUGACCAUAGCUCGUACUGUACUUUCAACAACAUUGGCAGGGAAGGUGGCUAUCCAUACACGGAAGAAGACGAACUCAAUGACUCAGAUUCUGAGACCUAUUAGAAGCUGUGUUUCAUAGGUCUGAAGAGUUCACUGUCACGCUGGAAGGUCAGACUUGUGCUGUCAUAAAGCUGUCAGUGUCUGAAUACAAAAAAGAGGACAGACCUUUGAGAAGAUGUUUUUUAUGUGGUUGCAUAUUAAAAAGAUUAAAAUCUGUGAGACUCUAGGAGGAUUUUUAAGAGCUUAUUUUGCAGAAGAAGCAGAAAUUCUUGAAUAAGUACUUGGAAUCCAUGGCAAAAAAAAAAAAAGGAA